ACCGCUGCCGCCCAUGUACAGCAAUCCGCCUUUUUACCAUCGACCGGGAGCACAAGAUGAUCCGCCGAAUGGGGUUAGGUAUUCCUACAAUCCUUCCGCGUCGGGCGUCUCCAUGCCAUAAAAUAGUAUACCCCAACAUCCACAUCAACCCACGUCAACUCCUCCUCGUGCGCCGGGGGGCUGAAGAGGGAAUCUUUACACCGUGGUGAACAUCCUUCAUACCCCAAAUUCAGAUAGGCUUCCCUUUUUGCGACGGGAUCCUCAUCGGUAUAUGAUCGCAUUGAAAUCAAUAGGGAUGUACCACAUCGCUUUGAAAAUGAAUACUGAUUUAUUCCAUCGUUGGGGGUGGUCGUACUGUACAUCGUGUCCUUUAAACGCGCUCUUGUCAUCCAUAUGCACAUUGGCCUUGGCAUUGGCCUUGGACUUUUUGUUAUUCAAGUCCGCUUCAGAUUCUUCCCCCAUUGGCCUCUCAUUGGCAUUUGUCGUAACAGUGCACGGCACGUACAGACUCCGAGAUCUACUGCACUCCAGUCUCCCGUCAUUCCCGAAUAGUCACGGUGUCGGUUUUUCCAGCGGUCUACACCUGCCAUGGCAGACCCGGAUCGAAAAACGUGCUCAUUCGCGCGUCCAAUUCGUUCGAUGUUUGCCAAGUCGAGGUCGUACAAGGGCGGAGAUCCACUGUAUCAUUCAUUACGUUGCGCUCCUGAAAUCUGGUCUUAGCCCAGCCCAGAUUCGGGUGUAAGUCGGAAGACUGCCCGUAUAUCAUGCCUGCCCGAUGAAGCAGCCACAAGUACCCUUGCAGCCACCUGGCAUUGGCGUAGAUGCGC